AUGCUGUUUUCCAGUCCACAAGACUUCCACAGAAGCCUCACAUGGAAUAUAAACGCAGCUCAUUUUAAGGAUGAUGAUGAUGAUGAUGAUGAUGAAGAUGAAUGUGGGUUUCAGUCAGCAGUACAAGCAUCUCUGAGAGUUCAGACUUGGACUGAAUCCACCAGCUGUCGUGUGUGUUUGGCUCCGGAGGGUCAUCUGAACUAUCACCAGCAUUACCCCACAGCUGCUGGAGAAGAGCCGAGUCCCAGAUUCCCUCUGCUGGUUGAUCAGAGAUCUGCAGGCGUCCGCUGUGAGGAUGAGGAUGAUGAUGAGCCAGUGUAUUUCAUCCAUGAUGAAGAGGAGGAGGAGGAGGAACAGCCAGCUCCGGAGCCGCUCCGACCCGUAAACGACAGGCCGCACAAGUUUAAAGACCAUUACUGCAAGAAGCUCAAGUUCUGUGACGUGUGCGCACGGAUGAUCGUGUUCAAUAAUAAAUUUGCUCUGAGAUGCACAAACUGCAAGACCAACAUCCAUCACCAGUGUCAGAGCUCCGUGGAGUUUCAGAGGUGCUUCUGCAAGAUUCCUCCAGGUUUCAGACGUGUGUAGAGUUCUCCGCUCUACAGCAGUCAGCAGAACUCUGCUGCUUCCUUUCUCUGUGUGAACCGCACCGAUCCGGUGUACGAGACGCUGCGUAUCGGUGUCAUUAUGGCCAACAAGGAGCGCAAGAAAGCGCCAGAAGACAAGAAGAACAUGAUGAUGGAGGAAGAGGAGAUGCAGCCGAAAGCAGAGGAAGCUGCUGAAGAGGAAACAAAUCAAGAAGGAGAAAAGAAAGACGAUGAUGAUGAUAGUAAGAAGCCUCCGCCAGGUAAACUGGCCAUUUUUUCACAGUCUCACUAUUAUCUGUCUCCGUAUCGCUUCAGAGCCACAGAGAAGGACGACCUAGACGUGCAUCCAGGAGAUCGAAUCACUGUGAUCGAUGAUUCUAAUGAGGAGUGGUGGAGAGGGAAGAUUGGUGAGCGAUCAGGAUUUGUUCUGGCCAGCUACAUCAUCCGUGUGCGUUCAGGAGAGAGAGUUUACAAGGUGACACGAUCCUUCGUCGGAAACAGAGAAAUGGGACAAAUAACACUGAAAAAAGACCAGAUUGUGGUGAAGAAGGGUGAGGAGGUGAACGGAUAUCUGAAGGUCAGCUCGGCUUCUUCCCGCCGACAUCUUACAGGAGAUCUGAGUCGACUCAGUAGUGUCUUUAUAAGUAUGUGUAGCGGCGCGCGGCUGUCAGCGGUGGCGAGGCUAAGCUUCAGCACUCGCAUGAUCGGCCAACAGCAGCCCCCGUCAGAUACGGGUCACUUCCUGUUGAUGGCAGACGUCACGCGCGGAGGACAGCGGCGGCGUGACAUCAGACCGGCCGUGUCUCAGUUCACCUCUGACCUCUGUCAGCCGCAGACGCCUCAUGGAGCUCAGACAGAGACAGAGGAGACGCAGACGGACCUGAACGCAAAGUACUUCAGAGAUCAGAAACAUUCAGUUCUGAUCAAUUCUAGAACUGAUUUAGCUGAUUAG